AUGCGCAUGCAACCACGGAAAUUAAAUAGCGGAAAUUACAAAUUUUACGAUCUAAUGACAUUUGGCAUCACUCCCAUAUUGUAUGCUGACGCAGUACGAUUGCACAGGCUGUUUCAAUUCCUGGACGGAUUUAAAUCUGAGCACGAUUUACAAGGAUUCUUGCACGUAGGGAUAGAUUACGCGGUAUUCCUCAACAAACCGAAGCCUCAUGAUAAAUUUUUGGUAUACGAAUUAUACGAAAUGAAUCUUGGUAGUGGUAUGAAUCCAAGAUUACUAGCAAUAUCAAAAGUACCUAUAACAUACAUAAAGGAACAGCUGAAAACAUUUAAAGCUGAGUUGUAUAACGCGAAGUAUCUCGAUGAUAACGUCGUGCCGGGAGUUCAAGUGAAAACAUUAAGAGAAUGGCAGAUAUAUAGAGCAUUGAAGACAAAAAAUAUUGUAGCUGAAGAACCUGUUCUAAGAACAAUUGUACUG